AUGAACAAGCCCAAAACAUUUGCGUUAUGCCCGGCGCUGAAACUCCUCUAUGAUGCUCCAUCUCAAAAUCCAAUAAAGAAUUUCGUAACCACAACGAAAUUCUUCUCGUCCAAGCAAGGAAUUAGUACACUCAUCAUCACAGCCUCCCUCAUUGAACCCAAAUUGGCACCUCAAUGGCCUUUCCCACAUGUAGUCGCCUUCCCGGUACUAUAUCUCGUCUUAUGCGCCCCACAACCACAAGAACUGCGCGAAAACAUCCGAUACGCAUAUCCAGCAACCAAAACACAUACAAAAAGAAUCAGGAGUGAAGGAGGCCCUGAUAGAUGUGGACCGAUAGGUUGCAUUGGUGCACCAGAUGGAACAGCAGGAAUCGCUAAAUAUUGUUUCUGUGGCCGAGCAGGAGUAUAG